CGGCAGAUGAACACUUAUUAAUUCUUAAGUAAUUUCAAAGACAGGCCUUAUUGUUAAAAGGUAGGAGCUGUUCAUUGAAGCCUGUGCUGAACAAAUGGAAAGUAUUAGAAAGGAACUAUAGGGGUCAGGCCGGAGUAGUUCCUUCCUUCUUUCCAGACUGCAGUCGGGACGCACCUGGCGUUACCACCACAAAUCAUAGGCCGCCUCGAAAUAUUCACCAAAUCACUGGAAUAUGUCUUUUCAAACAAUUUUACCCUAUAUAGAGGUGGACGAUAGCCAUGUGGCCGGUCAUCAAGUCGAAUUGGUGACAAUGCACCAAAUUCUCCACAUGGACGAUGAUGAGACAGAAUGCAACCACGCCGUUGGGGUCAGUCGAAAGAGAAGUCGAAGUCAGAGCUGUACAUCCUCCUCAAGCUUGGAAGAGCAUGAUGACAUCGCCAGCCCAGAAUCUGCCAUAGAUGAGUUCGCGAACGUUGAAUUGUGUGCCUCCAUGUCGAUCUUCUUCAUCGGCGUAUUAACUCUUGAGAGUAUCCCAGAAACACCUAUCCGUCAGCGACAGACAAGUCAGCCCCUAUUUGAUAGCCCAACAAGCGAUGUUGAAAGCCGAGUCAGUCAACUGCAGCUGUUGCCUCUUCGAACAUGUCAGCCAACGAAACGAAGACGGAUGGAGUCGAUUCGCUCUAUUGGAGAUGCAGAAUAUACCCCUAACCGACGGUUAUCAGGUAAAUGCAAUCAUGACACACUUGCGCUUCAACAGAAAGCUGACUGCCGAAAAGAAAUCCAAGAGGGACGAGACGAUCAGCAGCGACAUGAUACCCCACCACCAACUACAAGGCAUACGUCUGAGUCGCCUGUAGUGACGAAAUUGAGACCUGUUCCUCGAGGAGCUCCUCGAUUGAUUGAGAAGAAGGGGCAAUACACGAUCAAAAAGGGAGUCCGAAUUCGAGACUACAAACUUCCGGGGCCUUCUCCGUGGUCAUGUGCCCUACCAUCCAAUAGCCUGGAAUAUCAAUGCCGAGAUGGAUUUGAUGUGAAGGAAGUAUCACUUGGAUAUCCUCAACCAAUGGUUAUUCGGCUACGGGAGGCUGGACACGAACCAACCACCAGAAACCACAAAGGUCUGCAGCCGAGGAGUCCAUCUCUUGGGACCACUGAAACUGCCUAGAGAUACCUAUACGCGGCUGGUCAGCAGCAAAGAACAAAGAACAAACAGUACAACCAUUCACGACAUUAUUUUGAAGCUGCUCCAUGACGGGUAUCUUGAU